CAGCUUCUUGGAUUCUGCACCAAGCAAUCAGUUUUCUGUAUCUUCCACAUAUUCUAGCUUACAUUACUUCUCUUUAGGUCUCGUCUUUCUCUUCUUUCUCCUCUCUUCUCCUCUUCUUUCCUCCUGUUGUUUGCGUUCUUGGCCAAAUCUUCUUUCUUUCUCUUGUUGCUUGGUUGCACUUUAUUGGGAAAAAAAGAUCAGCAUUUCAGGUAGUUUUUUUGAAACAUAUGUUUCACUGUCUCAUUUACUGUACCUUGGCAUAGUUUGAGACCGCUCAAGAGGUUGCAAGAAACUAGAGAAGGUGAACUAACAAGGGAUCUGCUAAAAGAGAGGUGGAGGUUUGAUCUGAUUUAACUUUCAAUCAAGAAGAUGAAAAUUCAGUGUGAUGUGUGUGAGAAAGCACCAGCCACAGUGAUUUGUUGUGCUGAUGAGGCUGCCCUUUGUGAAAAAUGUGACAUAGAAGUUCAUGCAGCAAACAAGCUUGCUAGCAAACACCAAAGACUUCUUCUCCAGAGCCUCUCCAACAAGCUGCCUCCAUGUGAUAUAUGCCAAGAAAAGGCUGCUUUCAUUUUCUGUGUUGAAGACAGAGCCCUCUUUUGCCGGGAUUGUGAUGAACCAAUCCAUUCAGCUGGUAGCCUUUCUGCGAAUCACCAGCGGUUUCUGGCCACUGGAAUCCGAGUGGCUUUAAGCUCUAGUUGCUCCAAGGACACUCAAAAGAGUUCUUUAGAGCCACCGAAUCAGAGCGAACAACAAACUUCCAAGUUGCCUUGGCAGCAUGCAUCGAGUUUUGGCUCUUCUUGGGCUGUUGAUGAUUUUCUACAGUUCUCUGACUUUGAAGAAUCCACUGACAAGAAAGAGCAACUUGGGCUAGGAGAGUUUGACUGGCUGGCUGACAUGGGUCUUUUCAGUGAGCAACUUCCUCAGGAGGCUUUAGCAGCAGCUGAAGUUCCUCAACUUCCAAUCUCACCACCAACCAAUGUGAACUCACACAGACCCCCCAAAUUCAGCAUGCCCCAUAAGAAGCCUAGGAUUGAAAUCGAUGAUGAUGAGUUCUUCACCGUACCUGAUCUUGGCUGAACUCAUGGUGCUAAACUCCGCAGUUUGAGUUGAACUUUUGAAGAACGAUGCAUACUUUCAUAAGUACCUAUAUGCAUCUUUGUAUGUAUAUAGUCUGUAUUUACAUAAACAUGCAUGAAACUUCGUGUAUUUAGAGAGCUGAGAGUAGCAUCACAGUUAGUUCGAUGGAUUCAUUUUCUACCUUUUCCUGUAUUUUUGUUUGCCUUUGAAAGUGGAAUUACAUCAAUCAGUGCUCUUGAUUGUAAUAACAAAAAUAUAUAAUUCUCAACUAUUGCUCGUUUGCA